GACGUGGGCCAGCGGAAGGUCCGUACAUGCCUGAUUGAGCGCCUCUGGACCAGCGAGCGAUCUUGAGAAGACAGUUACUGCGCAAUGGACGCGAUGCCUCUCCUCGGACUGUGAGUUUGUGGCUCCUGCCUCGUGAGUCGUAGCCUGUCUCUUCUUGAGUCUGCGUGAGCAUUUUCUGUUUGCCUGAACAUCGUUCCUGUUGGCUUUGUUAAAGUGACUCAGUGCUGGGCAUCCGACAGUUCAAGAUGGUGAUAAUCGACCCUUGAUUCCCAUGGUUAUGAGGCCAUCAGACGACACAGAGGAGUUAUAUGUCGGGCAAAGGGAGUUGAGUCGGCCUUGUCCGAUACUCCGAGUCGCCGGGUAUCAGGGGGGCUGUGGCUGUGCGAUGCAGCUGUGAGCCUCGAGGACGCGCUCUCCGGAGGACUCGGUGGGCGAAACCACGCACACAGCCAGAGGGUACGCAUCAGCAACGAGGCGCAGAGUACGCUUCAGCGCGCUGGACUUGACGUCGCUGUUGACCAUAGCGAGUCACGAGCGACAGCAUGUCGGUCGCUGCAGGUUCCCGAUAAGGCAAUAUAGCCCCUGACAGCGUCGUGCUCCGGACCCCACGUUCCGAAUACAAAAGGCGGGCGAGCGCGCAACAUGUGGCAAUUGCUCCUUGACCGAUAACGACGACCAGAGGCCCAUCGAACGCUAUUGAGCAUAGGAGGCGUCGUGCAACCAUCGAAGAGGACAGCACCCGAACGUUUUGUGUGCUGCACUGCCCAACUUUCGGGGGGCCUCGCCUUGCCCAAAUAAGAUACAAGGAAGGACAAUAGCGCCAGCGACCCCUGUGUGGCUUUUUGUGGCCUUGUUAAAGGGUGGAUCUUCUUGCUGUGACUGCGACUAGCGUAUAUAUAUCACGACGCGCUCGAGAUGGCACGGUCGCCCCCUUGCUUCCGUUCGAGAAGACCACUUCGCCCCAAAGCGAAUCGUAGUGUAACCGCCACAGGACCAUCCACGCAGGUGCCGGAAAUGUCUUCCUCAGCUCCUGCUCCCCGACGGUCGGCACGUCUCAAUCGUCGAGCACAUCCAUAUCCUCCAGAGGCAGCGACGCCCGGCUCUGUCGUCCCUGAUGGCGGCCGUGAUCCCGCCCACGCCACGACCUCGCGCCGAUUUUCUCCGCCUACGCCAAACAGACGCCCUGGACGACCUAAGCCUCUUGCCGCUGACUUCAGCACCACCAGCACGUUGACGACGCUGAGUGUCCUGGAGGCGGAGCUGGCCGCCAAUCGACAUCGAUCCACGAGUCAGACGCCAGAGUUCGAAGCAACUCUGUCCAGCUCGGACGACGGCGAGGGUGCGAUGUCCCCAUCGAACCCGCGGACGCCGCCUCCGCGCCCGUUGCCGUCCCAGUCGGCGAUCCUGACGCCGCGCAAGCUCGCGCGGGAGGCUCGCCUCCCAAUGUCCCAGUCGCAGGAGCCUGUAAACUUCUGGCACGACGAUAGCCAGCAGUCGGCGACCGACAGCCAGGUACAGCACCUCACGACGUUCCUUCCGGUCGUCGAGAAGAGUAAUGAGGAGGAGAAGAUUACGGCGAGGCGGCGGAUCCAAGCUUCGGCACGCUUGUCGCAGGGGGCCCAGUUGAUGCGGGAGCGAGGCCUGCGUAGAACGUUAGAGAAUGCCACAGGCGACGUCUUCACCGAUUCGCAACGCAUAUAUGAGCAUGCUUCUGGGGACAUCGACCAGGGGGACGACAACAUCACGGAGAUCGUGGAAGAGGAAGGAGAGGAGCUGGGACGACGGCUGGGGCCGCAGGGCACCUUGUUGGAUGAAGGCGUGGAUGGCGUUACGAGGACGAACUGGUAUUCAAGCCAACGUAGAAACGACGGCGGAUAUUAG